AUGGCCUCCAUCACCUCUUCCAUGCACCUGGAGUACGUCAAGGAGCACAACAAGCAUGUUAUCCAGCCUCCUCGGUUCACCUCCAGGGCUAUCAAGAAGUACCUCUCCACCCGAGUAUCGUCGCUUUUUCCUUCCAGAGAAGAGAUUCGUUCUUACUCAAAGCGGGAGCUCUUCAACCCGUUCUACCCAUUGAAGCAGAUGACUUGGCACCACUGGAACUACUUCUUCAUGGGUUUCGCAGGCUGGACCUGGGAUUCCUUUGACUUUUUCACUGUUUCGUUGAACACCCACGAAAUCGCCGAAACGUUCGAUAAAUCCGUCACCGACGUCACCUGGGGCAUCACCUUGGUGCUCAUGUUGCGUUCGGUGGGUGCGUUGAUUUUCGGUUUCUGGGGUGACAGAUACGGCCGUAAAUGGCCCUACAUCAUCAACUUGAGUCUUUUAGUUGUGUUGCAAAUUGGCACUGGUUUUGUGAAAACGUUCGAGCAGUUUUUGGGCGUCCGUGCUCUUUUUGGCGUAGCAAUGGGCGGUAUAUUUGGUUUCUCCUUGGCCACCUCUUUGGAUGACGUUCCUGUCGACUGCAGAGGUGUCUUGUCGGGUAUUUUCCAAGAAGGUUACGCUUUUGGCUACCUUUUGACUGUCAUUUUCAACAGAGCCAUUGUUCCAAACUCGCCCGAAGGCUGGAGAUCCAUUUUCUGGUUUGCUGCCGGUCCUCCAGUGCUUUUCAUCAUCUGGAGAGCUUGUUUCCCAGAAACAGACACCUACAUUCGCCAGAAGGAAAUCAUGGAAAAAGAGCAGGAAAACAAGCCCGCCGCCAAAAAAUUCUUCACCAUGUCGGACUCCGCCAAGGAGGCCUUCAGACGCUACUGGCUCAUGAUGAUCUACUGUGUGUUCAUGAUGGUUGGUUUCAACUUCAUGUCUCACGGCUCCCAGGACUUGUACCCUACAUUGUUGAAGGUGCAAUUGCAAUUUGGCGAGGACAGAUCCACUGUCACCAACGUUGUUGCCAACUUGGGUGCCUUGUUUGGCGGUUUUGUGUGCGGUCACUUUUCCACCUUUAUCGGCAGAAGAUUGACUAUUCUUUUGGCGGUGAUUUUGGGUGCCGCCAUGAUCUACCCAUGGGCUUACUUGCGUACUGGUGCCAUUAACGCUGGUGCUUUCUUCUUACAAGCAGGUGUGCAAGGUGCCUGGGGUGUGGUUCCAAUCCACUUGUCUGAAUUGUCUCCUCCAGCCUACAGAGCCUUGGUGGUGGGUCUUUCGUACCAGUUGGGUAAUUUGGCUUCCUCAGCCUCCUCCACUAUCGAGAGUAGAAUGGGAGAAAACUGGCCCGUGAGAGCCCCAAACGGUGAAAUGGUGUACGACUAUUCCAAGGUGAUGGCCAUUUUUAUCGGUGCCGUUUUCGCCUACAUGUUCUUCAUUAUCUUGAUUGGUCCAGAGAACAGAGGUGCUGACUUUAACAUGAUGAGAGACGCCAAGAUCGAGGAUGACAGUGUCCACAGCUCUGGUGAAAGAGAUGACAGCUUGGACUCUCUUAACAAGAAGGAUGUUGCUCAUAUCGAGAAUGACGAUCUUGAGAAGAAGGCUGAAAUCACUCACAUUGAGGUCGACCCCAAACAGUAA